AAACCAACCACAUGAUAAUCCAACUACUUUGCUCGACCACCAAAUUUUUGCCAUGUGGCAGUUCAUGGAUUUUCUUCUUCUACUAGUAUGCUUUUCACUCCUUGUACUCAAAUUACACUCACAUACAAAAAUAAUCUUCAUAGCCACCAUGUUGAAAGAAGAGAUCACAGGAGACGGCGGAGGAGGAGGCGGAAACAACUGGGCAAGGGUCUGCGAUACAUGUCGUGCAGCCGCCUGCACCGUGUACUGCAAGGCAGAUUCAGCCUACUUAUGCGCAAGUUGCGAUGCUCGCAUCCACGCUGCUAAUCGAGUAGCGUCGCGUCAUGAGCGCGUAUGGGUUUGUGAGGCUUGUGAACGUGCUCCGGCCGCCUUUCUAUGCAAAGCGGACGCCGCUUCUCUAUGUACUACUUGUGACGCUGAUAUCCAUUCAGCUAACCCACUGGCUCGCCGCCACCAACGCGUGCCAAUACUCCCCAUUUCGCGGUUUCAAUACGGACCUCAGGCUGGUCGUCCCGGCGGUGAGACAACAACUGAAGAUAUGUUGAUGAGCCCAGCAGAAGAAGACGAAAAUGAGGCAGCUUCAUGGUUACUGAUAAAUCCAGUUAAAAACAAUGGUAAUGAUAAUAAUAAUCAGAACAACAACAACAACAAUGGUAAUAAUAAUAAUGGAUUCUUGUUUGGUGGUGAAGUUGAUGAGUAUUUGGAUCUUGUUGAUUAUAAUUCAAAUUCUUGUGGUGUUGAGAAUAAUCAAUAUUCUCAUGAUAAUCAUCAUCAUCAUGAUCAUCAUCAAGAGAUUUAUGGUGGUGUUCAUCAAGCUGGUGAUAGUGUUGUGCCUGAUGGUGUUGGAAAUAAAGAUCAUAUUCAUCAACAGUAUCAUGAUUUUCAUUUAGGUUUGGAGUUUGAGCCUUCAAAACCUGAUUAUAGCUACAAUGGUUCUGCCAGCAACAGUGUAUCAAUCUCAUCAAUGGAAGUUGGAGUAGUUCCUGAAUCAACAAUGAGUGAUGUCUCAAUCUCGCACCCACGACCCCCGAAAGGGACGAUCGAUCUUUUCUCGAGUUCUCCGAUGCAGACGCCGACCCAACUUAGUCCGAGGGACAGGGAGGCUAGGGUUCUAAGAUACAGAGAGAAAAAGAAGAAUCGGAAGUUUGAGAAAACAAUACGGUAUGCAUCAAGAAAGGCGUAUGCGGAAACCAGGCCUCGGAUCAAAGGCCGGUUCGCAAAGAGAACCGAUGUUCAAGUUGAAGUCGACCAGAUGUUUUCCACAUCAGUACUAAUGCCUGAAAUUGGAUAUGGCAUUGUUCCAUCGUAUUAAACCCUAAUACUUGUUCAGCUAUAGUACUAGUUUAUUUUUGAAGGUGCAGUCUAAUUAUUUGUUCUUAUUUAUUAUGCUUUCUAUUUCGUAAAAGCUUGUAUAUCUUAUAAUUUUGUGAUCUAAUUAGAAGAUCAAGAAAUAUAUAUUAUCAAAUUUCUUGCA